AUGUCUAUCCCACGCGAGACCAACACCUCCUGGAUUGUGGUACCACCUCUGGAAAGCCACGGCCAGGUGAAUGCAUCUCCCCUUGAGCGUAUAGAGUACGAGGCAGCCCAUUCAUUACUACAUUUCCGCGGAGACAGGGAAUUGCCCCAGCUUGUUCACGGCGGUCGGAAUGAGGAACCGCAGAGAUUGAUCCACUCCUUUGGCCACCGUGACACUUUGCUGUCUGGCCUUUCUCGACGGUCCAGAGUCCGUCGCGCGACACAGGCCUGUGAUCAAUGUCGAGUUCGGAAAGUAAGAUGCGAUGAGAAAGGGCCGAGGUGUACACAUUGCGAGGAGUACGAUCUGUCAUGCGUCUACAAAAUGCCGACUUAUAAAAAGGACAGAGAGCUCCAACAGCUCCUGGAUCGGAUACGAAAGUUGGGCGAGAGCUUCGAGGAGCGUUUAUCAUCUGUGGAAGAUGCGCAGGUCAAGCACAGCUUCCUGGUGAUGAAGCUGAACCCUGGUGCCAUUCUCAGAGAGCAGCCUCUCCAAUACUUGCGCAAGGGAAACCUCCCCGGUACUUUCGAGAACAGAACGUUAUCUCAAGGUGGGAAUGAUAGUAAUAUAAAUCCAGGCGCCGACACCCUCAGCAGUAACCAGGUUUUCGUAACUGGCAGAAAUAGCCAGUUAGCCUUUCCCGUCGAAUUUAUCACUACGGCUGAGAGGUUACUAAUAUGGCCUUCCAUCAGGGAAUUCCUACCUGAGGGGUAUGACGACGAUUAUGUGACAGAGUUGGAAGAAAGUCACGGCCUCAUCCGCGCCUACGGAAGUGGUGAAGGUGACGAGACCAGUGAAACUCCAAAGGCAUUAACCACAUCGACCGACCUCAGCACUGCCGUGGGAGAACAGUACAUGUACCACCCCUCCAUCCGCGAGCCAUGGGGUGGCAUCAACCAGCCGCAAUCGAAGCUCGCGGAUAAUGGACUAGAUGACGCUGGCUGGGUGACAGUCGGCCCGAGUGUGAUACGUCGCUACUUGAACAGUUAUAUGGAGCACUUGUAUAAGUUCCAUCCAUUCCUUUGCGACACAGAAAUACAAUGGAACGUUGAACGGUUCAUCACGACAUACUGUCCCAGCACCGAGGACCAGAAGCAGAAGAGUGGGAAGCGGAGGCGCUUGUGCGAUGCUCGUCAAGAUACAGGUUGCUAUGCGGGAUCUGCAGUCACCAUCAGGCCUGGGUCAGGGCUCAGGAGGGUCGAAAAGUCAAUUGACAAUGCCAUAGUCUUGCUGGUCCUUGCGUUGGGCAGUAUCUGCGAAGUCCGGGACCGACCGGUCCCAGGUCCCAUCGUGGAUCACAUCAUUGACCUUAGGGAAGAACGGAUCCCACAGACUCCGGGAACAUUGUCGCGCAGUGUCCUUCCUCCCGGAGAAAGAGACUUGAUAGUUGCCUCGCAAAUUGAUCGCUUCCGUUCUCAUUUUAUGGAUAACGGUCGAAAGAGUACCAUCAUCGGGAACCAUGAUGUCAUUCCUGGAUUGGCGUUUUACGCCUAUGCAGCCAGUAUUCUUGGAAUUUUCCAGGGCGUGAAUAGUCUGCAGCAUGUCCAGGCGGCAUUGCUCGCGGGCCUGUAUUCCGGCCAACUGGCUCAUCCUUUCCAGAGCUAUGGGUGGAUCUCCCAGGCUGCUCGAGCCUGUCAGGUAUUGGUUCGAUCACAACGGUAUCGGGAGAUGCGUGAUGGUGCUGUGAAGGACCUUUACAAUUUUGCGUAUUGGACCUGUUUCCAGCUGGAAAGUGAAAUUCUGGCCCAGCUUAAUCUCCCUAAUAGCGGUAUUUCGCUGUACAGAGAUGAUGUUCUUCUCCCAAGCGGUCGUUUCACUCUAAACCAGCGAGACAUUACCACUGUAACGAGGAUGAUGUCUUUAUACUCGGCGCAGAUCUUCCUCCAGAAGACUCUUUACCACGUCCAUACCGAGUUGUACAAAGUUGAAGAACAUGACCAGGGUUACUGGUCUUCCACUAAAGUGGAUAUCUUGAGCAGCAUACUUGAGCAGUGGCGAAGUAUACUCCCCGAUUUCCUGAGAUGGGAAGAUGGGGAUCCUCCAUCGGACGAUAUCAAAGUUGCCAAUAUGCGGUCUGAGUAUUAUAGUGCCCGCUACCUUAUUUACCGGCCUAUCCUGUAUUACGUUCUCCACCUCGCGCGACAACCAAAAGUCCCUGUUUCUGGUGCCGUAAAGUCCUGCUCGAAGUCGCAGCAGGUCGCUCUUUCGAUUACACAAAGCCAGAGUGCUACCAGCAUGGCGCGCCUGUCCAGCGAGGUUCGGCCUGCGCUAAAUCCGCCGCCCUCGGAUCAGGCCGGAGGUGAGGGUCCGUAUACGUACCGCGAGCUACCGUCGGAACUGCGUCAUGCAUGCAAAAUUUGCAUCGAUUCUGCGAUUUUAAGCACGGAGGCUUUUGAUGGCAUCAAUGGUCGACCAGUGGUCACUAAUAUCUUUGGAAUGGGUCAUGCGUAUGCUGAAACUCCGUUCAAAUAG